AUGGCAGAGAGUACUCGCUUGAGAAGCAGCAGACUGCAGCAACUGGAUGCUGAAGCGCAAUUGCAGCAAACUAUCUUGGCUUCAGAUUCGAUUGGCCCUGGUGCAUCUACUGCUGGAACCACUCAAGUCAUUACUGGAACCAAUACUGGAACCAAUACUGGAACCAAUACUGGAGCCAAUGAAGUCGUUACUGGAACCACCGCCAUGACAGGACAUGCUGUUGCUAAUAGAGAUGUUUUGGUUACUAGAACACAUACACUACCAUCUAGCACUCAAAUGCGCUUAAAGGCAGGAUCCCAUACUCGCAAGGCAACUUCAAAUCAUCCUAGCUCAGUCUCGUCUUAUACAACCCCAAGAACAAGCACUCAGUCUUCAGACUCUACCAAUACGGCAGUGGGAUCACUACAACAUCACUGUGGAUCGUUGGAAUUGUCGUCCCAGCAAUCCAAUAAUACUUUUACAACUGCAAUAGUUGAAUCUAAUCUACAAUCUCCAGCUUCAUCCAACCGUACAGCUGAUGCAUUCAAGCAAAUUGAUACGGAAUCAACUCGAAAUGCACCUCCGAGUAACUCAAACACUAAUAGGCUUUUGGAUCUUGACAGUUCCUAUAUGUCAAAGCCUGAAAUUCAUGCUACUAUACCAAUUCUAGAGAAAUCAAAUACUAUUCAGAAAGAAACACGCAAUCCUACCAUUGCUUCUGGCUGCUCAACAACCUCUAUGGAAUCGGAAACUCGACAUUCCAAUGGUCAAAUGCCAACAGGCGUGGCUAGACUAUCCACUUCAAGCUCGGGACUAUCUGCUGGCAUUAAUUCGGAUUCACUGACUGGAGAACAAGUGAAUCACUUGCUUGAAUCAAAUGACACCAAUGAAAAAUCUGAUUCUAUAUCAAAUAUCAAAAACAAACUGCGAUCUCAUGGUCCCUAUGUUCGAAUCUACAGCAGACUUGAUCAACCAGUCACUUUGGGUGCAGCUAAAAAACUUGAUCAUACAUCAAAUACCACUUUUCAUGGAUCAAAAAAAGCCAGCGUUACUAUUCCUCAUUCUGCAACACACCCACAAUCCAACAUGCGUCUUCCGGGAUUAGAUGUUCUAUGUGGAGAUGCCAACGAUUUAUCAGUUCUGGAUGUUUCGUCAACAAAAACAAGUCCGUCAAACGGGUUUUUAUAUCCUGGUAUUAUUCGAACUGCAAAUAAUAUCAAUCGAGUAACUGUAGCUACAGCUAUAAAUCUUCCUUAUUCGACGUCCCCAUCACAAAUGAUACUGGCAAGACCUGUUAUAUCUCGGCAAGGUCCUCGAUAUGCUAGAUCCAGUACUGGUUCUAGAUCCAGUUGCAGCAACAACAAUUCUCGCAACAGUGUUCCAAUAUCUCAUUGGCAAAACAGCACUUUGCGCGAAAACUUCAAGCAUCUUCCUUCAACGAUCCAAGAGUCUGUCAAUGAUCUGCAAUCACAAUACAUGCCAAGAGAGCUUGCUUCUAUGCCAUUACUUCCCUUUUUAAGCAUGUCAAAUUCCCUUCAACUUUAUCUAAAGAUGAAUGUUCUUCAAUCAUCAGAAGGGAUUAUUGGCUGGAUUUCUGGAAGCUUUUUAACACAAAUCAGUCCAUUUAUUACUGCCAUCAAACCACACGCAAGUCAUUCAAUUGGAUCUACUGCUUCUCGUUUAUUUGGAAUCCAUGCCAUUAAAACAUUUGUCAAGUCGCUAUCAUCCUCUGAUUUAGUAACUUACGAUACUCCACAGCCGAUUUCACCCGGCUAUCUUUUAUUAACAAGCUCGUCUAUAUAUAUAUUUCGGCCCUUAUUUUCACUCUUCAACCUCAAGAUUCCAUUGCGUGAUGAACAGACCUCAUAUACAGAUCCAACCAAUCUUUUAGAACUUGUAUGCAAAUUUUCCCAUGUGAAUAUAGCUCGUGUAGAUGUUGGUCCAAGUCGGCAGCAUUUAUGCUUUCAUGUUGUCGAGUCCACCAACAAUAUAUCCACUCCGUCUUUGCUUUCAAAAGUCCCAAGCACAACGUCCAUAACCCCAAACAGCACACCUGAACCCGAUACUCCAACUACAGGGUUUUAUGCCGCAAACGAUAAAGCAGUAGUAAAGCGGGCUUCUAGUAAACCAAAAGUUGUGUCUUGGGUAUUUCUUUCCAGAUCGAGAAUACACACAACUCAGAUUGUUGACUGUCUUACGACAUCUCUUGAUGAAUUGCGAGAAUCACUUCCGAUAGGAAAUACAGUCAAUCAGGACAUUGAAUCUUCAUUGAGAAAUCUUCAAUCCACCGUGUUUCUCCGCAAAGGAUCAAAAAGUGUUGGAAUCCUGCAUUAUGAUGGAGUAUGGAGUUUACCCAAGUCGCCCUUGUCAAUAGCACCUACAGAAGGACAAAGAAGGGGAUCCGCGAUUGUUUGCGAUCCAUUACAUAUCCUUUCAGACGAUGAGCAUGACAAGGCAGCAUUUGCAGAUGUAACCAAGGUGGAUUUUGACUUUAUUCGUGUCUAUCUUCUAGGCUGUUUCUUACGGUAUAUACGCCCCAUUGCUGAAUUAUCUGAGCGUACAGUCAAAAUUGAGCAUAUAUCGAUAAUUGGAACAUCAGAAUACAUCUACAUAACUACCGAACGCUUAGAUGUGUGGCCACCCUUGAUUAUUCCACCCGAAUUUUCGCCACAUGCUUCAACCAAUGCACGCAUCAACAGUGUGCUUCCACAACUUUCACAAAGCUUUGGAGGUAAAGGAAUGGUUGCUGAUAUCGUUUCGCAGUUUGAUCACGUUCUUGGUGUUGGACGGAUGCGGGAUAUUAUUCGUGUAGAGCGUUGGAGGACAUGGAGGAUCGAUAAUGCUCUUGGCUUACCUGGAGAAGCACCGCCUGUAUGUUUUAGUAAUCUUGGAGAAACUUUACAAAAUGGAUUUCUUGGAUUCAUGGGAGUGGAUGCUACACGAGUUGCUCCAGAGGUUCAACAAGGGUGCACCAGCGGAUGGUUUUGGUGGGUACGUAUUGUUUUUGGCGAGCAUCUUCAUCCUGCUGGAGAUCCUUGCGUAUACAAUAGUCCCCAGCCCACCGCUGCACCCGAGUCAAUUCCGUGUUCAACAUCUACAGAGCGUGUUUCCUAUUGGUGGGAUCUUGCCUUUGCAAACCGUGAUGCUGUCGAUGAAUUAUUUGAUGCUAUUAAAGCGGCAUGCAACUUUUCUAUACAAGAUGACAAUCAGUCUCAGACGGCAAACUAUCACUCCUACAUAAACAAUGGAUCAAAUUCACACGAAGUUGGUCCUGUAUUUGUUUUGGGUGAUGAUUAGAUACUGCUAUUUUAUGUUGGUGUAAUUCAGUGCAUUUUGCUUUAUAGUUUUAUUUCAGCGACUGUGGCUAUAUAUCAUCCCCAAUUUACAACCUUUGAAUUGUGUUUUGAAAUAAAGGAUACUAUAUAUAUUCUGCAUUC